UCAGCCGGAACCGGAAACAGUUUCCUUUGGAGUAGUUUCAUCUAACCCAACGCGAUUUUCAGCGGAGAUUGUAAUUAAGUUUUUAUACAUAUUUAUUUGUUAUGAACUUUAUUUAGUCGAUUUACGGAUAACAACUUUUGGUUAAGUUUCAUAAUGGAGAAAGAGAGACGUCAUAGAAGAGUGGUUUCUCCAGUACGGGAGUCAAAACCGAAAAUCAAACAAGAGAAACUUAGCCCUACUAGGCCACAGAGAUCACGACGCUAUAGUUCUGGAUCAAACGGCAGCCCUCCAAGGCCAAGCCUACCGCCGCAGCGAAGAAGAACGAGCAGAUCGCCACCCAGGACGAAAGAUCGUUCGCCAGGUAGAAGGGCUUUGGGCAGGAGGGACAGAUCACCCAGAAACACAGGCAGGAGCCGAAGUCCUCCCCGUGGUGCUGAUGUGAAAAUAAAGCGGGAGCGAGAUGACCACCGCGGUGCCGAUGACCGGAGGAGGCGUGACCGCAACGACCAGCCGGAGCCCCCCGAUCCGCCAGUGCGACGCAGCAGGUGGGAGCAGGCCGACGGCCCCCGCGAAUCCGACCCACCCAGGGAGAGAGAACGGGGGGAGAGGAAGCGCGGGGGAGGCGGGGAGAGGCAUCGGGAGCGGGACUCAGAAACUUUCCAGGAGCAGCAGGCCCAGAGACAGCAACACGACGAUCGCCGGCGGGACAACCGGCGCCGGUUUGAGCAGAACGACAAUGAGGACCAGGCCUUCGGACGGAGGGUCCAGGAAGGGGGAGAGGGUGAAAAUAGCCCACCGGUUGACAAAGAGAAGCCCAACUUUGAAUUAUCUGGGGCGCUCACAGAAGAUACCAACACGUUCAGGGGGGAGGUGAUCAAGUACAACGAGCCCCCCGAGGCACGCAUCCCCAAACGUCGGUGGCGGCUGUACCCCUUCAAAAAUGACGAGCAGCUCCCAGUCAUGUACAUCCACAGGCAAAGCGCCUACCUGAUGGGACGGAUGAGAAAGAUUGCCGACAUCCCAAUCGACCACCCCUCCUGUUCCAAGCAGCACGCUGUGUUUCAGUACAGGUUGGUGGAGUUCACACGUUCGGAUGGCACCACCGGGCGGCGGGUGAAGCCUUACAUCAUCGAUCUGGGUUCAGGCAACGGCACCUACCUGAACAACCAGCGCAUCGAGGCACAGCGAUACUAUGAGCUCAAGGAAAAGGAUGUACUCAAGUUUGGCUUCAGCAGCCGAGAGUACGUCCUGCUACAUGAGUUUUCCGACACGGCCGAGGUGGAUGCCAGAGCAGAGGAAGAUGACGAGGGCCUGGAUGAAUGAGGACACCCACUGGUCCUUCUUUCACAUGCUUAAGAAGUAUGUCCUUUCGUCAUGUCUUCCUUCGAAGAAAUCGCAAUUUCAUUUAGUUGGAUAUGGUUUUGCGUAUUGGGAUGUCACUUAGUUAACCCGGUCUAAUAACUUAGUAAUGUGCUUUCCUCUAGGAUGCUUGAAUGGAAAGUGCAUUUUUAAAGUAUUCAAACGGGGCUGUGGACUGACUUAAGUGCAUUGUUGACCUAAGCCUACCACUUGUUGGCCAUCAUUAAAACGCCAAUGGGACAAUUAACAGAAUGGAUGGCCUGUUGGCUUAAACAGAUUUCAGGGUUUAAUAGAACAAAUCAAAGUGACAGGUGAUGUCUGUGCUCUCUCUUACAGUCAUACAAACUUGCUCUAACCUGCCGUAACCGGUCUCAAGACUCAAUUCUCAGGACAUUAAUUUGCUAUAAGAAACCCACUGUACUUUUGCUGUGAGUACAGCUGCACACAGCAGCCGUUUGGGAAUGGUCGCAUAGAACAUUGUCUCGAAAAACAAACCAUGUGCCAUUCCAAAAUGCCUACUCUGGCUUCUGAUACCACAGGGACCAAAAGUCUGGUGUCCUCAUCACAGCUUUUUCCCUCAGUGCAGUUAUAAUUACAGGAAGCGUGAGCUUGGUAUCUUCAGGCUAGACGUUGAUCGUACGUAUAGUAGUCCUCACAGUUUGCCCCCACCCCAAUAUCUGACAGUGCUUGUUUUGUUUCUACACAAGUGCUCAAUGCCAGAAAUGUUAGUUUACGAGAAAUUAUUUUAUUAUUAUACUGUAUUUUUGAAUUUGAACCUUUAAUACAAAAUGAGUAUGUGGCUAAAGACUAGCUCAUGUCCAGACCAUAACUGUAAAUACACUGGAUGUAUUGAAUGUGAGUGCUGGAUUCAUCAUGGUGUACCGUUUCUGUGUUUGAGAGUUGCGCAAAGCAAUGAGGAAUAAACAAAACAUGUAUUUGUA